UAAUCAAUUUAAGGGUGAGGUUCGAUCUGGUGUCCAAGUCCUGGGAGUCCAAACAAACGUCGCCGGUCUGAUAAUCCAAUGCUCCAAACUUCGUCUUCUUCCUGAAACCUCGACGCUAUCGCCAUGGCCGUCUGCUCCCCACCCUCUCUGCAUAUUAUAUCGUUAGAACAAACAACAAGUCUUCGUCUUCGAUCACCACAACGAUUAAGGGAGAUCGACAAUCAUGGCUAGUCGGGUUCACGAAACGAUCCUGGAAUGCAUCAACGAAGCCCAAUCGUCAGUCUCCAUUGAAGACAAGAAGCAAGCGCUGCAAACUCUGGUAACCGUCACCAAAGUCAGCCCCCAAAACCGCAACCUGGUGGCGCAGACCGACGCCGCCGUGGCUACCCUCCUUGACCUCUCCAAAUCUCCCGAUUCGCUGCCGCAGAUUCAGACCCUCUCGCUUUCAGUGCUCUUCAAUCUCUCGUUAAACCCUAAUUUGAAGCUCUCCCUCGCCCGAUUGGACACCAUCCUCCUCCUCAAUGAUCUCGUUCUUCUCUCCAGCUCCGACGAGCCUCGCCGCCUCGCCGCCUCCUUGCUUUGUAGCCUCGCCAUGCUUGACAAGAAUAAAGCCAAAUUCGGCGUCGCCGGCACCGUUCAGGUUCUGUUGAAGGCAAUUUCGGGGCCCCGGAGCACAGCGGCGCACCAUCUUCUCAGCUCGCUGGCGGAGCUAGUGCAGUUCCAUGGAAACUGCACGGUGGCAGUCCGGGCAGGGGCUGUGCCGGUGCUAAUAGCUGUGGCAGAGAGCACGAACGGGGAGGAUCUUUCGGGAACUGCCUUGUCGAUUCUCGGGCUUCUAGCAAGAUUCGAGGAAGGGCUGAACGAGCUGCGAGAAGCCGAGAGCGUGGUGGCGCGAUUGGUCGGAAUAUUGAAGAGAGGCUGCAUGUUAAGCAAGGAGGGCGCCUGCGAGAUUCUUCUCCGCUUGUUCGAGGAGAGCCAAGACUGCCUGAGAGAGGCUGUGGAGCUGCCGGAGUUCUCGACAGUUCUCGCAGAUGUCUCUGUCAGGGGUUCCGGCCGGGUCCGGGAGAAGGCCGCAAUGCUGAUGAAGAAAAUCAUGGAUGCUGAUCUGUUCUAAGAUUCUUGAAUUUAUAUGUAGAAUCG